AUGGGCUUCAAUUUAGUAGCACCAUCGACUCGUGGAAUUUCACUCGCUUUAAGCAAACAUAUCCUGUCUAAGACUACUUUGCCAUUACUCGCAACUCAUCGUUCGCCAAUAUUUGAAGCUACAACAAUCUCCUCAGCUGCUACCGACAUCUCUCGAAUUUAUCUUUUAAAACUCGAUUUUCAUAAUGAAGAAUCAAUUCGAAAUGCAGCAGCAAAAGCACAUGAUAUCCUUCUUGAUAAUCACAAAAUCGAAAAUAUGAUCAUUUCGCCUGGAAUUCUCUAUCCUGAACGUAAACUUGAAGAUUUAGAUUAUGGUCAAGUAUUAGAAACAUUUAAAACAAAUAUUAUUGGACCAAUGUUUAUGUUAAAACAUUUUACUCCGCUUCUCUCACCGACGUCUAAAACAAUGAUAUUCGCUGCUAGAGUUGGAAGUGUUUCAGAUAAUCGGCUUGGUGGAUGGUUUUCUUAUCGAACGUCUAAAGCUGCCGUAUUUCAACUAGUAAAAACGUUUAAUGUGUACCUCAGGCAAAAGAAACUUGGAUUCUGCAUUGGAUAUCAUCCUGGAACGGUUAAGACAGAUCUUAGCAAAGACUUUUGGAAUAGUAGCAAAGGGAUCAUGAAAGAUGUCGACGAAGCUGCCGCAUGUGCAUGGGAAGUGCUCAAUGGUCGAACAGAGCGAGAGCACAGCGGUAGAGUUUUUGAUUGGAAAGGCGAAGAGAUUCUUCCGUAA